AUGCAAGAAAAACCUCAAUUAAUAUUGUGUACGGAAGAAAAUAUGGAUGAUUACAAAGAUCCUAAUUUAGAGGAAAGUGUUGAAUUUGUUGAAAUAAAACAGGAUUUUUGCGAUUCAAGACCUUAAAGACAUAGUCUGCCUGAAAGUUUAAGUUAAAACAUUUUGACAUAAAUUUAAGAACUUCAUGAGUUCUUGCCUCAUAAGGAAAAGUAAAUUAAGGAACAAUAAAUUAAGGAAUAAUAAAUUAAGAAAAAAGAAAAUAGGAAAUUUACAAUAAGAGUUUAUUAUUUUGUAAAGAGAUUUCUUACUAAAUUGUCAGUGAGUAGAAGACAUAAGUUAUUCUUUAAGAGUAUUCAUUUUCAAAUUGUUGGUGAUAAAGCAAGUGGAGAAUUAUAAAAAUUAGGGCAGAAUAAAAAGACAGAUAAAAAAAGAAAAAGGCAAUAAAAUACAUUUACAUGUUAUAAUCCUUUGACUGGUCUUUUAAAAUUAUUACCAAUAAUUUAUCCUCAAUCAGUAUCAAAAAUAAUAUGGGAUUUGUGUUUAUGUAUAAUAUUAAUUUACUUUUUUAUAAUGAUUCCAUUAGAACUGGCUUUUAAUAAUUCUUUAAUGUUUUUACAAUCAAUUUGGCUAACUGUACCAUUUUAUUUAUUUCUAAUAAUUGAUUACUUAAUGAAGAUGAAUACAGUUUACUAUGAAUAUGGACAACCAAUAGUUGAUAGAUCAUUAAUUUUUAAUAAUUAUUUAAAGUAGGGAUUAUUGAUAGACGGUAUUUCCUUAUUGGUAUUACUUUGUGGAUUUUUUAAUGAUUAUUUCAUUUAAAGUAGAUGGUUAAAUCUUUCAUUGAUAUUAUUUAUAACUCAAUACCAUUAUUUUGCUUAAGUAGUAAGAAACAUGGAAGAAUCCAUUCAUUUAAGCAAGACAUAAUCUUCAAUCGUGAAUUUAGCAAAAUUAAUAUUCACAAUCCUUUAUUUUCUCCAUAUAUAUAGUUGUCUUUGGUACUUUAUAGGUUCCUAUGCUAAUGAAAUAGGAAUGGUUAAUUGGUUAGAUAGUAGACAUUUAUCAGAGGCACCCUAUGAAACAUAAUAUUUAGAAGCUUUCUAUUUCUCAACAGUAACAAUGAUUAGUGUAGGAUAUGGAGACAUAGUUCCUUUAAGUAAUAAGCAAAAGUAUUUUAGACGCCUUAGAGAAGAUUUGUACAAUCCUUUUUAUGUUUACUACUUGUGUGUAAUUGUCAUUCAGUGUUAAUACAGUUGGAGAGAUUUUAAAUUCAAUUAGUUUGUCAACUGAAAAUACUACUGAAAAGAUUCGAAUUAUCAACAAAUUUAUGAAUAGAAAAAAAAUCAGUUUCGAAUUGCAAUACUAGUAAUUAAAUAAAAUAGUAAUCAUAGAAUAAGAGAAUAUAUUAAAAUAUAUUGGAGUCAAUAAUUGUAAUAAGAAAAUGAAGAAGAAGAAAAAUUAAUUACUUCGUUAUCAGAGAAUCUUAAAAAUAAAUUAAUACAUGAAGCUAAUUUCUCUAUCAUUGAAAAAUGUGAUUUAUUUUAAUAAACUUUUUCUACUGAUACUAAAUAAAAACUUAUUAAGUUAUUCAAAACUGUAUUAAUAACACCUGAAUAAACUAUAACUUGUGAAUUACCUUAAUUUAAUGAACCUUGUUUAUGUUUUAUUGAUUAAGGAACCUUGAAUAUUUGUGCAAAUAUUACUGAUCGUUCUGAAGGUAUAACAUUUUCUUAAGGAUAAUUCUUUGGUUUAGAAGAAUUGCUUACAGGAUAAUAACCUUAAUUAUAAUUAUAAUCUUUAUCAUUUGUUAAAUUAUUAAUUCUAACCAGAACUGAUUUUAUUAAUACUUUAAGGGAUAAUCCUAAAGAUUAUGAAUCAUUUUGUUAAAUGAAAGAUGAAAUACUAUUACAUUAAAGAGAUUCUAAAACUAAAUGUAAAUCUUGUAAUUGCAUGGGACAUGAUAUUCAAAAUUGCCCUAUAGUUCAUUAUGUAAUUGAUAAAGAAAGAGUUAUUAAAUCUUAUCAAUUUUAAUCUGAAUAAAUAAGGGUUCCAGGAAUGAGAAAUAGAUGCCGAAUAAGAAAUUAAUUUAAUGCCAUUUUUGAUUAAUGGUUUUUAUAAGAAAUUGCUUCCAUGAUGAAAAAUCAUGAAGAUUUACCUAUUGUAUAAUUUUAUGGAAUAUAAUGUUUGGAUGAUACUGAUAUCAAAUCCCCAUAAUAACCAAUACUUUAAUCUAAAGAUUCUCUUAUGACUAAUGAUCGUGGAUCAUUUUGCUUUGUUGAUUAAGUCAUACAAAAUUCAGUCAGUCCUUCACCUCCAAAAACAUUUGACCAUUCAAUUUUUCGUAAAAUUUUUAUUCUAAUUAGAUCCUUAAAGUAAAGUUUCAAGAAAAAAUUAUCCAAAAUAAAGUAUUAGAAUUAAAAAUUUUGGAAUUAAAAUUAAAUUUCAAAAAAUUAUUAAAAAAGUUAUGAAAAUGCAAAAUUAUUCUAAAGCAUUCACUAGAUAAAAUGAUAUAGAAUCUAACCAUAGAUUCAAUAAAAACAUUAAAUUUAUUGUAGAUAAUUAUUUUAAAACUAAUUCUUUAAAAGAUUAUUUAAAUAAAGUUGAAUAUGAAAAUCUUUAUUUCCUCAGAAUGAAAUGCCAUUUAAUUUAAUUUUCAGAAAUUAUUUUAUCAAAGCCUUUUGAGAUAUAAAAAGAAUAUUCAAUAUAUUAAGUACAUAACAAUUUAUCGCAUGUAAUAAAGAAAACAGAUGUAUAUUUAGAACAAUAAAAGAGUAGAAUAUUGAUAAAAUAGGAAACUCCAAAAAAUGAUAAAUUGAUAUAAUUAAAUUAGGAAGAAAGAAAGGUUGUGUUAAGAGAUAGUCUUAUUAGAUAUCUUUCUUAUCCAAAUAUGUACUUUUAAAAAUAUUUUGACAAAAAUGAACCAAAUGAAACUCCUCAAUCAAUAGGAUAAAAGAAAGCAAGAGCACUAUUUAAAGCAUAUAAGAAAAGAUAAAUAAUGAGACAAAAUGCGUUUCUUUUACCUCCAGUAAAAAAAAAUGAUUCAAAAAGAACAAAAUCUUCUUUAGCAGUUGGGAUAAAUGUGAUAGUGCCUGAAAAUUGA